CAAUUAUGAGCUGUCUGCUAGUAGACAGUGAAUGAUAUGCAAAUUAAACUAAUAUAAUAUUACUAAAAAAAUGACGUUAUAUCAUUUUGGAAAUUGUUUAGCUCUGGUUUAUGUUCCAUAUUAUCUUACCUACAAGUAUUCAGGCUUAUCUGAAUAUGGUGCAUUCUGGAAAUGUAUUCAAGCUGGAGGUAUUUAUAUUUUUACACAACUAGUAAAAAUGCUAGCGCUUGCUACCUUCUUUCCUACAGCUGACAAUGUAGGAGAAGAAGAUUUCGACAUAGUAGGCGAAUUUUUAAAGACUUCCAUAGAUUUAGCUGAUUUAGUAGGAAUAUUAUUAGUAUUGAACAGUAUACCUGGUAAAGGACAUGCAAAAGUUUUAACUGCUGGAAUCGGAUGGGCAGGCGCUGAAGUACUCCUCACCAGAUUUCUUCUGCUAUGGGUCGGAGCAAGAGGUGCAGAAUUUGACUGGAAAUACAUUCAAAAAAGUCUCGAAUCUAAUAUUAAUUUAGUACAACAUAUAACCACAGCAACACUUGUGUGGUUAUGGUCGCGACACGAUUUAAAACGAGGUUUAGUCCCUGUAGUAGUUAGCAUGCUUGUGCUUACUGUCUACAGACCAUUAAUUUUAGAUUUCUUCACGAUGCUUUUCCUAACUUGCCCAUCUGUAACACUUAUUGUUAAAGCUAUUACUACUUUUGUCAUGGGUGCUACAACAUUACACAUAUAUGCAGGCCUUGCUCAUUCGAUUGGUAUCUUUUGA